UUCCUGAUAUGACCGCGGUUUAAAUUGGUACUUCUAUUGUAGGGUUGCACACUUUGGUGAGCUUGCCCCUGAGUGCGUUAAUGCUUACUACAAAUUUGGAUGUGCUCUUUUGUACAAAGCUCAAGAGGAGGCUGACCCAUUGGGUUCUGUGCCCAAAAAAGAUGGUGCAUCUCAGGAUGAUUCCAAUAUAGAUGGCUCCGUCAAAGUUGCACAUGCUGAAUCCUCUGCUGCCUCAGUCUCAAACAAACCAGAAGCUGAAGAUGGAAAAGGAGAGGAAGGUGAGGAUGAAAGUGAUGAUGAGGAACUUGCUGAUGGUGAUGAGGAUGAGUCUGACCUUGACUUGGCAUGGAAGAUGCUAGAUGUUGCUCGGGCUAUUGUUGAGAAGCACUCAGGUGACACGAUGGAAAAGGUGGACAUACUCUCAGCCUUAGCUGAAGUAGCACUAGAAAGAGAGGAUGUUGAAACUUCACUGAGUGACUACUCAAAAGCCCUUUCCAUUUUGGAGCGCCUGGUUGAACCUGACAGUCGGCUUAUAGCUGAGCUAUCAAAACUUAGUUGUUCGGAAGUGUUAUAUUUGGAGAUAGGUGGGAUGAUUUAUGUUUGUGCAAAGAUAUGCCUGUGUCUGGAAAUUGGUUCUAAACCAGAAGAAGCUAUUCCAUAUUGCCAAAAAGCUAUUUCUGUUUGCAAGUCCCGAGUCCAUCGACUUACAGAAGAAGCAAAGAACUUAUCAGGAUCAGCCGAAACAGAAACUGCUCUCGAGGCAGAUAAAACCAUUCAACCAUCUUUGAGUUCAUCUGUAUCAUCAGGUGACUCUCUAGCAGAGAAAGCAGCUGAGAUUGAGACGCUUACUGGUCUAUGCGGUGACCUAGAGAAAAAGCUUGAAGAUCUCCAGCAGCUUGUAAUGAACCCAAAAUCCAUCCUCUCUGACAUUCUUGGAAUAAUGUCUGCAAAGGCUAAGGCGGCCGAAAAAAGUGCUUUGCCAGUAGCAACGAGUUCCUCACAGCCAGUUUCUGCCGGAAGUACAACAUCUGCAGCAGUAAGCACCACCACCGGUACAAAUGGUGCUUCUGGAGUCACGCAUUUAGGUGUGGUGGGUAGAGGAGUGAAGAGGGUUGUGAUGAGCUCGACUAUGCUGGUGGGCCCCGCAAAGAAGCCGGCCUUCGAUGACCAGUCUAACAGUGGUGAUGGGAGUAGUGCUUAAUAUGACACAUUGUUUUGUUUGUGUAUGGGCUUUUGGCGCUAAAUCUUGGUGUACUACAGCCUAUUUCUGUGAGUGGGCACUAUGCUACGACUCUCGUAAGACUUGAUUGGAGUAAAUGCGAAUAUUAUUAAUUGUUGCUUUUGAUGAGAUGGACUAUUUGAAUGAUUGUUUUUUACCUAUUUGAUCUGUACCUCUCUACUUCUGCCCGAUUUAAUUUGUGCCCAAAACUGUGUUAUUUGUUUGUGCCGCCAAUAUUUGUACACCGGUUCCGUCUAUAUAUUAUCUUCACAUAACACAAUGGCUCGGAAUGCAAUUGGGCUUAUGAAGAGGGAAGGAAAAAAAGGGAGAAGAAUUUUUAUUUAGGUAGUUUUAUUUAUUU